UAACACAUCCAUUUAUCUUCACUGCUACGAGUGAAGUGAUAGCCUGCCACCUAUGUUUACUUAAUAGCUGACAUAUCUUGGCCACUCUUUUUUACUUUUUGCUCUAACUAAAGGAUUUCCUCAACAGAAUCAGCAGCUAAAUGAGGAUAUUCUUGGCAAUUGUGGGGUGAAAAAAGUUCAAGUUAAGUGAGCUGUUUGGUGCAUUUACAGAUCAUGAUUUUAGAAGGAACUGGCAGAAUGAGUCUUAAUACCGUCACAAGUCUUCUUCAUGAACAGUCAACCUGGACAGAAGGAUAUCCCACAUGUAAUGCAGCAUCAAGCAGUUUUUUUGGAACACAGUGGCAUGAAAUACAUCCUCAGUAUUGGACAAAGUAUCAGGUCUGGGAAUGGCUCCAACAUCUUUUGGACACCAACCAGCUUGAUGCCAACUGUAUCCCAUUCCAGGAAUUUGACAUCAGUGGAGAUCAUCUGUGUAGCAUGACUUUGCAAGAUUUCACCCGGGCAGCUGGCUCUGCUGGACAACUUCUUUACAACAACCUCCAUCAUCUAAAGUGGAAUGGUCAGUGUGGAAGUGAAGUGUAUCCAUCACACAAUGUCAUUGUUAAAACAGAACAAACAGAUCCAUCUCUAAUGACAUCUUGGAAAGAAGACAAUUAUUUCUACGAGAGUGGAUAUGGUGGCACAGUAGAACUAGUGGACAGCAAAGCCUACUGUCGAGCACAGAUUUCUGUCAACGCUAGUGGUCACCAACCUAUAGAGGAUUCUUCGGAAGGGAAGAAAAUUUCACAAGAUCACCCUCCAAAGCCACACAACAAGAAACACACUCCUCGAGGAACUCACUUGUGGGAGUUUAUCAGAGACAUUCUCCUUCAUCCAGAGAAGAAUCCUGGGUUGAUAAAAUGGGAGGAUCGGUCAGAAGGCAUCUUCCGAUUCUUAAAAUCAGAGGCAGUGGCUCAGCUAUGGGGAAAGAAGAAGAACAACAGUAGCAUGACAUAUGAGAAACUCAGCCGUGCCAUGAGAUACUAUUAUAAAAGAGAAAUUCUUGAACGUGUAGAUGGCCGGAGACUGGUAUAUAAAUUUGGGAAGAAUGCUCGUGGCUGGAGAGAAAAUGAAAACUAAGUACAACUUUAAAAACAGCUGUAGAAAUCUUCACUGACAAGAAAUCCUAGCAGAUGUAAAUAUCCCAAAGACUGUUUUCUUCUAUUUAUGUACAAAAAUUGAGGGCUGCAGAAAUCUACGUCUAAUGGGAAGAAGGAACACUAUUGUUUAUUGAUGUUAUGACUAUUUUAUUUGAAAUAUGUCCUUUUAUGGAGAGUAUGUACACAGUUUUCUGUGACCUAUGAUAAUACUGUAUGUAAAUGUAUAAGGAUGACUUGCCAUUCUUGUAAAGAUUUUAAAGAAAAUGAAUUCCAAAAGAAAUGUGAUUUAGCAUAAUGCUGCGAGAGGCAUUUGCUGUAGUGGGAGCAAAUUACAGGGCAUUACUUUAUACUUAGGUAUAUCACUGCAUUUUAGAGAACUAGGGAUUUAUAAUAUCUGUCUCAGAAUUGUAUGAGAUAGGUCUUUCCAUUCAAAAUAUACAACUUUUUUCAAAGGCUGUCGACUAGUGACACACCAAUGGUUAAUUAAAUCAAAGGCUGUUGAGUUAUGGCUUAAUUUUUUUCUUGGGGUUCCCCACCCCCCCACCCCGCUUCUUCUAUACAAUAUAAUAUGGCCAUUUACAGUAGCCUGGAUCCAUUUAGAGUUGGAUUUAUCAGCUCAUUCCAUUCCCAAAUAAUUCUCUGUUGAAAUAAGUCUUAGAACAUGAAGAAUUAGGAAUAGUGGAUGCUUUAUUUGUAGACCUCAAUAACUUUAGCUGAGCUUCAUAACCAAUCUUGAAUGUUUGUGACUCAUCAUGAAAUCUUAGGUGUCAGCAGCAUAAAGCUGCCUUUCCUAACCUGGAAUCACUCGGGUUUUUGGAACUACAAACAACUAUGCAAACUGGACAUUCUGACAACUGAAUUCUAGUUCAUCUGCCAUGUUGAAGAAUGCGUAAUGACUAGCAGCAAAUAUCCACAUUUUUGACAGAAGUGACCUACAAGGUCUCUUCCAACUGUGUUAAUCUGUAUCUGUAUCUGUACCAAACUGAACUGGAGAUUUUCUGCAUCCUAAGCAUUUGUUUAGUCGCUAACCUAGUAUAUAUUUGGAUAUGAAUAUAGAUUUCGGUGUGAGGGGUGUUUGUUGCUCUCCGAGUUUGCUUGUUUUCUUGCAGAUGUUGCAUUACCAUAACUAGGUAACUAGGCAUUGAUGAUGUUACCUAGUUAGGGUAAUGAAAUGUCUACAAGAAAACAAGCAAGCUCAGAGAGCAACAAUGGACCCUUCAUUUCAACCCUGAGCUACAAAUAUUCUCCUUUAUUGAUAGAUGUCUAUGUGAUAAUGAAAUUGUACUUUGAUAUUAAGAUUUUAUGUUACAUAAACCAUGCCCCUCCAUUCAGAAAGCUAAUAAUCUAAGAUUCUGUUUCAGUCUUUCUUCUCUUUCUCCCAGUGCCUAGUUUUUACUUGCUGGGUUGGUGUAGCAUAUAGAAGAAUAUUCAGUCGUGUAAGUUCCUUUGUGUAAGAAAAUGAUUCAGUACAAGCAUCUACCAGCCCAAGAGCUACAAUUAAAAAUGGUUUCUUUGAGCAAAUUAAAUUUCAGCUGUGAGACUUAAAUCCAAACUUGUCUGAAACUUAAAGUUUCUGUGUUCUCAGAAAUGCCAGUUGAGUGUUUUUUCAUAAAUAUAUAAAAAUCACUUGUGGAAUAGAGAGUCUAUGCUUUUUGCUAUAGUAAGAAUUGGUAGCUGCUCCUUCAACAUUUGAUGAAAAAUACUCCUAAACAAGGCAGCUAAAAAAUACCUUUGCAGCCACAUUUCCUGCCAAAACUUUUAGCUAGCAUACAUUCAUUAUAGCUAUGUGAUAUUUGAACUUUGCUUAAGGUGAGUGGGGGCAGUUAAUCUUAUUUACAGAAGAAGCUGGUAACCAGGACAGCAGGUUUCAGAGUAAGUCCUUUCUGUUGACUGAAUAUUUACUGACUCGCUGGAUGAGAUUUUUCUUCAGUUUCUCCUGUUCUUUAUUUUUAAAUCAAUCGGUCUCCAUAAUCCAAUGAUCUUUUUGUGCAGAAAUAUCACAUCUAAUAAGUUGGAUUUGAUACUGUCUUGUGUUGUUGAAUCAAAGCAAUGUUAUUGUAGGGUAUCUAUAAGGAUAUAUCUACUUUUUUCACAAUGCAAUAUAUAUACUCAUAAAUAAGUUCUGUUGUCUUAUGUGUAAGAAUCUGGGUGAAAAAUUAUAGUCUUAAUAUCACUGUGUGUGUGUGUGUGUGUGUGAAAUUUAAAAAAAAUGGCAUUGUUCUUCAACAAUAUGAGAAUUAAAAUUGCAUUUCAGCUGCACACAAAAUAAAGAAUACAGAUAGCAGUGUAAAUACAGAUUUCUCGAAAUUGUUGGCCUUCAGUGUAUCAAUGAGCAAAUAAAGUCAAGAGGAUGGCCAUGAACACGUGUUCAAAACCCCACCCCCUUUUUUAUUUGCAUUGUGAUAUACAUAAAAAAGUGCCAGGACUUCAAUUGGAAAUCAGAGCAACCUCUUCAUUUAUUGACUCUUCUUUUACUAGCAUUCCCUGGUGUCCUUCAUGCAUAUUGCAUUUUUCUGUGUUAUUGAAAGACCUCUGGGACUUGCAAUUCAAUUUAGCUGGAUAUAUUAGUCUUUCAUGUACUGUAAUCAUGGAGUCUAAUAGAAACCUCAGUCCAUAUUAACUUCUGGUUGCCAUUUUAAUUUUUAUUUAUUUGCCAAGCGUGUUCUUGUUUUUAAGAUUUUGGAAACUAUCCAUAUUUAUGGAUGCUGCUAUUUUACUAUCUCUCAGACAGCAGAGUACCUGCUUAUAGGCAUUCAUCAUCCAAAAUACAUUUUCCUCUUAGAAUUCAUGAGUACUACUAUAGCAAUACAUAUCUAACUCCUCCUUAUUUUGAUGUGGUAUAUCGUACUAAGUUAUCUUUGUGCAAUAUGUUCUUUGAUGUAGUAUAUAGCUUAUAUUUAUAUUUCAUUAGUAAACUGCUGGCCCUUCUUUCUUCCCAGAAAACCUUGGGAAUUAGAAUUAGUGAAUAGAUUUAAAAAUCUAUAAUUAGAGCUUUUUGGAAUUGAAAACAUGUUUGAAAAAAUACUUUUCUAAAAAAGUUUCCCCGUAUUAAGCUUGUUCUCUUUAACUUUGGUUCUAUGAAUCAUAAUACCCUGUUUCCCCAAAAAUAAGUCAUCCCCUGAUAAUAAGCCCAAUCAGGCUUUUGAGUGUAUGGCAAUAAGGCCAAGCGCUUAUUUCAGGGUUCAAAAAAAUAUAAGACAGGGUCUUAUUUUUGGGGAAACAUGGUAUAAAUUAAAAGUGAUAUUUCAGCAUAGUCUGGAUAUUAAUAAAAUAAAUUUGAAGCAUAAGUGUGUGAUUAAACCAAAUAGGUUAAUAAUAUGAAUUACAUUUAGAGUACAAUUUUCCAACAUUCCCGGGUGUAUUUAUUAACCCCUUGGUAUUAACAGAGUUAGAUUUCCCCACUGUUGGCACUUUAAAAAUUCAGUUUGUCAUUUGGUUCUGAAACUUAAUUAACUUUGAAAGGAGACAUGGUAUAACAUUGACCUAGCUAGAAAAAGGACCAUAAAUAUAUAAAAUGAUACCAGCUUGCCAAGCAUAUGCAAUCACAGCCAACCAUAGCGAAUCUUUUACAAAGUCUAAUUAAAGGAUACAAUAAAGAUAUGAAUGUAGCAAAUUGAUGUUUAAAUAUAAAGGCAUUGAUGUGAUUGCUUUUUUAAUGUUUGCAAAGAACAGUUUUAGAAGAGCAUUUCACAUGAAUAAGAUUUGUACAAAUUUUUACAGUGGCAUAAUUUUUCAAAUGUAUAAAUGUGAAUACAUUUUAACUCAGAUGUAUAAAGAUCUACAAAUGCAUUGCAGUAUUUAUAUAGAUGAAUGCCAAUCACCUGGACAAAGAAUUUGCUGGUGUAUUGUGCAGCUUUGAUUAAGAAGUAGUUUGUGCAUCAUACUGCCUAGUUCUAUGGCUUCCUAUUCAUAACUAAUAGUAUGAAUAUUUAGCUACUACAAGGUAAGUAUCUCUGAAAUUGCAGCCACUGUGUACUUGGAAAAGUCUAUGCAGAAACACAUAUACUUAUCAUUAUAGCUUUCUUGUUGCUGGAAAACAACCCAAAUCUUUCUAGCUUCACCAUUUGUAAGUUUUCUAGAAGUGCAUUUUUGUAUGUCAGAUUUAAUGACUCUCACAGAAAUGCCAUACCAUUCCUAAUAUUUCUAUCCACAAAAAUGUUAAUCAAAACAAUGUGCUUGUUUCUUAAAAUAAUAGUUGUUUGGUUUUUUUACAAGAUACAUAUAUAUUAAUACAAAUGACAAUACAUAAAAAGAAAAAGUGACUUUGGUCACACGUCCUUUAUCUUAUUAACAGUGCAUAUUUGUUAAUUAUUAUCAUACAAAAUUUUUCAUUUACUCUCAUUUCUGCGAGUUAUCCAAUCAUACCACCUAUUCCACGCUAUAUAACAUUUUGAGUCUACCUUGUCUUUCAUUUCAAAUGUUAGUUUGUCCAUUUCCGCGCAAUUAUAGAUUUUUUGGAUUAUCAAUUGAUGUGUUGGCAGUUGGUCAGUUUUCCAAUAUUGGGCGAGCGUCAAUCUGGCUGCAGUGACUAUGUGUAAUAUUAAAUACUUUAUUUCUUUCCUAUAGUUUUCUUUAAUCGUCCCUAAUAGGCAAAUCUCUGGUUUAAGUUCUAUUUUUUCUGAUGUUAUUUCUAUUAGCCAAAUUCUUACUUUUUCCCAAUACUUCCUAAUUUUUUGGCAAAGCCCCCAGACAUGGAAGAAAGUACCCUGUGCCUGUUUGCACUUCCAACAGGUUGGACUUAAAUUUGAAUACAUUUCUGCUAAUCUUGAAGGGGCCAGAUACCAUCUAUACCACAUUUUGUAUUGAUUCUCUUUAUAAACUACUGACUUUGUUAUAAUAUAGUUAUUUUCCCACACUUUUUCCCAGUCCUCCAAUUCUAAAUUAUGCCCAAUAUUUCUUGCCCAUGCUAUCAUUUGCCCCUUUACUAAUUCCUCUGCUAGAUCAAAUUCCAAUAGAUAUUUGUAAAUUUUUGAAAUCAAAUUUUCCUCCGUGGCUUAAGUUCAAACUUCCCUCCACAGAAAUUGCUUUCGAAUGAAAUUGUAUGUGGUCAUCAAUGUGAUUAGAUUUAAUGAAAAGUGGGAAAUUUAAUGGUAUCAUAGUGCAGGGGUCUUUCAUCAGAACACUUUUUUAAAAAGUUACUUGUAUCAGUCAAUUGUAUGUGUGUGUGUGCUUGUGUGUGUGUUUAUGAUAUAAUAUUUAUUGUUAAUUUAUGGGCUUGCAAUUUAAAUGAAGCUUGUAAUUUAUAAUAAUAUGUGCAUCUAAGGCAUAAAAUAAGCCAAGCACUCGGGCAACUCUGAUCAGAUGUAAAAGGAGGCAAUAAUGGUACUUGAAUUAAAUUGGGCGAGGGAUACAUCUAGUAAUCAUUCUUCCUUACAUUAUUUUCCCAUUUUUAAAUGGCCUCUGCAAAAGCAGCUAUUUGCUAUAAUAAAUAGUACAGUACUGGUACAUUUUCCAGGACUGGAAAUUAAAAGGUCAAGGAAAGAAUAAUGGAGAAACUCAUGAAGAAGAAAAAGACUGAAUGUUAAAUAUGUUGUUUUCUUGUCCCAUUGUGGGAUUCUAUUGAAUAGAAGGGUGAAAUUGAAGUGGAUCUGCUUAUAGAUCUUGCAUUUACUGCCUCCUUUAUAUUGUUUAAUUUUAUUGUAUUUUUAAACUUUCUAUGCUCUCAUUAACAUUUAUGACUGUGUCCUGGGGUUAUGUGAUCACCUUUUGUGACCUUCUGACAAGCAAAGUCAAUGAAGAAUCCAGAUUCACUUAAAAUCCGUGAUACUAAGUUAACAAUUGCAGUGAUUCAUUUAACAACUAUGGCAAGAAAGAUCAUAAAAUGGGUGCAAACCUUAAUAACUGUCUUGCUUGGCAACAGAAAUUUUGCUCUGAAUUGUCAUAAGUCAAGGACUACCUGUAAUGUGAGUUAUUACAUUUUUAAAAAACAUUCAUGGCACACGGAAAUUGUUACAAGAUUAUGCAGGUAUUGAGAAGAAUGGAAGGAUUUUACAAAAGGAAAUAAAUAAAAAGAAUAUGGCAUUCUCAGCAACUCUACAAGUCUGUCAAUAUUUUAUCUUUUUUCCAUGGGUAUUUGUGGUUCAGUUUCCAGAAUGAGCAUUCCCUUGCCAAAAAGCAAUCUGAAAACACUGGAAGAACUUGAAACCUCUGUUCAAAAGGUUCAGUGACUGGGAGCUUUGAUAGCUUUAUUUCAUUGACAGAAAUCUCAGUUGUCAAACACAAAGUUAUUGUGGUGAGCCUGGGAAAGAGUCAGAGAUAAAAUAUGUAGAUUACUCCACUUAAUUUCUGCCUCCAUUGGACAAAAGACAAGACCUUCUUUGAAGGAACUAUAGUACUAGGGUUCAGUAUUAAGCCUUGUCAUAAGUGGAUAGCCUCUCCUUGUAUAAAUCAAAAUGUUCAUAGAUUCCAUCCUGAGAAGGCUAAAAAGGAGUUAUAUUAAAAGCUUACAUUUAGCCCUUUCAUCUCCUGUUCUCGCCUUGUGAAAUUCCAUUCCCAUCCAUUCCAAAUCUGCUGUUUCGCUUCAGUAGCAAUGUUGGUGGAAUAGCAGGAGUUUCUCUCUUUUCUACAUCUGAACUAAGAGCAGCUUAAGGGAAGUCGGGGUAAAAAAAACAUUUCCAGAACAAUGUCAGCACUGUACUUCUUCAUGGAACUGCUAAUUAGCCAAACAAACGCUGGAGAAAUUUGUGAUUUCUGUCCUAAGUAGAAUGUUCUGUUGCACAUAGGCAAUCUUUCAAACUGAUCCUGAGCACAUGAUUUGAGAAGGGUUCUACUUUAUAUCAGAGCAUUACAUAUGGUAUGUAAUAGCAUGUAAUAUGUAUAUAUGUAAUAGUAUGUAAUAUGUGUGUAAAAAUUAGCUGUGCAUACUCUACAGCGGAUAACAGUACAUUAAAAGUUGUGCUUUACACCGUAACAUAAAGAGGAGUUCUGCCUUUUAAUAUUUCUCCACAUAAACAGAUGUUAUGUAAUAAAAAAAAAGGCUAGCUGUUGUUAAGCCUAGGACAAAACUUUCAGUCAAACCUUUUGCCUGAUGACUAUUGUCAUUAUGCACAGAGAUCUUUUUUCUCCUUGUGAUGUAAAGCUUAAAUAUGAAAUCUACAAAUUGCAUUUCAUGUUAACAUUUCUACAUAAUCUAAGAGAAGACCGUACUCUUUAAUUAUCCAUUAAAAAAACCUUUAAUCUACCAGAAAGAAUAGUCAUUUUUUAAAUUUACAGUAAUCAAUUUUCUGCAAAUUCCCAGCAUAUAGUCAUUCUUUCAUCACUAUGAUUUUUUUCAUCACCAUACUUCUUUAACGGUACUAUUCCUUAGCACAAAGAAAGACAAUAAAAAUUAAUAUUUCAUCAGAUUAAGCAUCCAGAUCUGACCAAUUUGUCUGUUAUACAUAUCAGUUAAUAGCUUUACAGUGAAUAUUUAAAAUUCAACCAGAUUUCCACCUUGUAAACUAUUACGGGGCUUCCAUGCUGAGUCCCUCUCAGGACAGAAGGCACCUAAAAUAACUAUAGAUUGCUUCUAUUAAGAAAAUGACACAAUCCAUUGCAGAAUUAUGUAUACCAAAGUGAGUAGCACAAACAAUAUUUAGAGAUAAUAUGAAGGAAAAGAAAGAGAAGGGGAAGAAAAGGAAAGGAAAAGUCUCCAAUGGAGAUCAUCCUUAAUAGUCAAAAGAAGGUUGGCUUACUGUUGAGGAACCUGGAAUAAAAUGACUGGUAUUCCACAGUGCAAAAUUUACUUACACAUUUUCACAAUCUAAUUCAAAAAUUAUUUCCACAUUUUUUUAGAACUGUAUAAUUUGUAAAAAUGAAUUUUGAAUAACUUCAAAUUUAUUUUCCCUGACAUCUGCAGAAUCUUCAAUUGGCUAAAUAGGGUCCUACAAAAUGAAAGGCAAAUAGAAUGGACUUUUUUUCCUUGACAGCUACAGUAAGGUGAGUGCAGAUAUUCAUUUCUCAUCAGCAAGAAAUCAAAAUGUGGUAGAGGUACUGGGCAAGUCAGAUGAAAAUAAUAUCUUGCAAACAAUAACCAAAUUUUGCCUAUACUUCCAUAUCUUCUAAAAAUGGUUAUACUUCCCAAUUACUUUAAUUCCAAUAAAUUUGUUUUAUGACAUAGCUUAUAUACAUAAUGUCAAGAAACAAAAUCAAAUAUUGAUGAAGAAAGUAUAUUAUGCUCUUAUAUAUAAAAAGAAAAUCAUAACUGAUUAUUUAAAUGUAAUGUGUUGAUUUUGUAUGGAAUAUCAUUGGCCUUGAAGUUUUAUGUCUCAGUUGCAUAAUUCUAACCACCAUAAAUAAUAAGCAAAACUUUGUAAUAAACACAUUAUUUUAAAUGUU